AUGCCACAGUGCUCGGCUUCCGGCUGUACUAACAGAACAGACGGAGGUAUACACAACGUUCCACGCGACUUGUCGUUUCAUGCUUUCCCAUUACGUAACGAAGAGCUUCUAAAACAGUGGCGACAUAACCUCGGUCGACCAGACUUUACACCCACAAAGGCAUCGAAACUUUGCUCGGCUCAUUUCUUACCCAGCUGCUUCAAAGAGGAUGUGUACGGGAAGUAUGGCAUUACACUCACAACAGCAGACAAAAAUCGCAAAAGGCCACGCGUAUUGACGGAAGACGCUGUGCCAACGGAGUUCGUUCGUCGUUCGGCUGCAGCGCAAGCAGCGCCGCCCGCACCGACAAGAGUGUCGUCUGUGUCACAAGUUGACAGACAGGAAAGACAGAGACAGAUUGCACAGGUACUGUGA